AUGUCUCCCAUCACCGAUUUCUUUGCGUUCACCAACAACAUGUGGCCUUUCAGUGGCCGAUCCACUGAGCUGGCUGCCGAUGAUACAGUGGCCCGGGACCAGCCUACCCAACACAUGGAGAUGGGUCAGCCAAGAGCACUUCAACCUAUGGCAUGCGAGGCGGAGACCGAGGCGGCGAUUGCCCUGGUCGGUGCUGCAUGUGUAUACCAUUGCCGUGUGCUUGCGAUUGCUGUGUCUUCUAAGUCUUAG